AUGAAGUGGAAGUGGCGAAUUCUAACGGAGGAAAAUGCGAUAUGGUCGAGUUUGCUAAAACAUAGAUAUUCUCAUCCGGAGGCUAAAAUGUUUGUCAACGAUACAUGUGGAAUCACGACCCGUGACUCUAUAUGGUGGCGUGAUCUCAUGAUGAUAAACGGUUGCGAAAGUUCUUAUGGUUUAACCGUUUCUGAUUUAAUUUACUGCAGGAUCCAUAAUGGAGAAAGCACCUCUUUUUGGUUCAGCAAGUGGGUGGGGGAUCAAAACAUUUCAGAAGCUUAUCCGGAGCUCUAUGCUAAAGCGUGUUCUCCUGCAAUGACGGUCGCGGAAGCUGGUUAUAGGGAGGGAUCGGUGUGGAUGUGGGACGUAGCAAGAUGGAUCAUAGAGCCUGACGAAGAUGACUUAAUGCUGCUGGCGAUGCUGUCCGAUCAAAUGCAGGAUUUUUCCCCAGAUAAUCAAGGCAAAGAUGUUUUUGUUUGGGCUAAAGAUGAAAGUAAAGGUUUCUCUGUCAAAGCUUGUGGUGAAGAGAUUAGAAGAUUUGGCAUGGCUGCGGAUCUGCAUCCAGGUACUCUCAACAGACUGACUUUUAUGUGGAAGCUGAAUGUCCCCUCAAAAGUAGCGAUUUUUGCUUGGAGACUCAUCCUGGACAGGUUACCGACUCGGGACCACUUGAAGAGUAAAGGCAUUCUGAUAGAUGACAACGUUUGCUGUUGUGCGUUUUGUCCUCAUGUUUUGGAGACAUCCAGUCAUUUGUUUGAUGACUGUGUGAUCUCAGAUAGAAUAUGGAGAAAAAUAAGUCAAUGGAUCGGUAUUUCUGGAAAGCUGACAACGGCGGAGUUGAAGAAUUUCUCGAAUCAUUUCGAGAAAAUUAAGGCAAAAGACGAAAGAUUAACUGUCGGAGUUAUUUGGCUCGCGGUUUUGUGGAACCUGUGGAAGGUGAGGAAUGCUAUAAUUUUCAACGGAUAUAUUUUCAACUUUGACGAAUGUUAUAGUUCUAUAAUCCUUAGCUCGUGGAAAUGGUUUAGGACAGUUAACGUUUCAUCUUCGGCUUGUAAUUACCACUAUUGGAACAUCUUACCUUUGUCUUGUUUACAGGGGUAA